AAACCGACGGUAACCGACUUCGGCUUCUCUCUCUGUAUCUCAUCUUCCCGUCGCGGAUCCGAAAAGCAUACGGAAGUUAUUAUUCGAAAAGGAAAAAACUGUUUGAUGGCGGCAAAUGAGAGCAAAGAUGACCUUUACGCUCUCUCUCUUCAGAAAGAAGAAGAAGAAGAAGAUAGGUAUAAGGUCUUCGAUUUCGUUGGAUCCGAUGAUACCGAUCCUCCUCUUCCUCUCACCGUCGCUUCUCGUGUAUUGUACAUGUUAGGUGAUAUUGCAGCAGGUCCUGCGUUUCGGUUUACUCAAUGGUUGGAGUUAGUUAGGAAACGCAGCGGCAAGUAUAAGUCCUCUGGUUUCCCUCGUGCCUCCCAACGGUUUGAUAGUAUGAUCUUGAGUGCAGGAGAUUCAAGUUUAGGAUCAACAAAUUCUCUUCCUUUUGAGCAAGUUACGGAAAUCAGUUUGUGGGAAAGACUUGGUAAGGCUGCUAUGUUGAACAUCGAGUCAAGCUCAUUCUCUUGGGACAUGCUUUCUUCACUUCACCACACUGAACAUAGUAGCAGCAGUGAACAUUCUGAGGAUGACAUGAAUAAAGCAUUAGAGGUGACAGUGAAUUCCGGAGGAGUUGUAUUCUUUGCACUAUUUAACAAUAUCAAAACUGGUGAGUUUCUCCCUAAAGAAGCAGCAGCCGUGAUCAAAAUAGCAUCUUCUAGGAUGGCUACACAAUCAGAGCGGCUUGGUUAUGAGUUUUCAAAAUGGCUAGGUGUCAGAACUCCACAGGCAAGAGUCAUUCACAACUGUAGUCCAGAGUGGUUAAAGAUCAAGGAAGCUGCAGAAAAAGCAAAAGAGUCAGCAGUUUCUGAAGGAGAUGAAGUUGGUGAAGUCACUUGCUCGGAACUUCUAGAAGCCCUUGAGCUGAGCCGAUGCCUUUAUCUGAUGAAUUAUGUGCACGGAUCUCCUCUACUAGAAAACUCAAGUGCAUUCAAGACCCAAAAGGCUGCAGAAAAGACGUCGGCUGCACUUGGCAGAAUCUUGAUGCUGGAUCUUGUCAUCAGAAAUGAAGACCGGCUUCCAUGUCGUCAUCUCCAUUGGCGUGGGAAUUCUGCGAACCUAUUAUUAGCAGAUAAAAUGGCAACUGCAAAUAGGGAUGCCUUGGAAGAAGCAUUUGAUUCUGCUAUCAAUAAAUAUAGACCAAGAGUAAUAAGGGCACUUCAUAAAGAUAGAAGGUCAAGUUCCGUAGAUAGCAGAAUGAGCACUGAUGAUUCAAAUAUAGCAUCAAAAAGCUCUGAUCUUUCUGAUACUCCACAAUCACCCUUUUCUGGUGACAAACUCUUAAAAAGACAAGUUACAAUUGAUCCAAUAAUAACUGAUUUUGAUAUUGUGGCUAUUGACUCUGGUGUCCCUCGCCGACCACCAGCUGGUAAACUUGCACAUGAUCAAGAAAACUAUCCUAAACUUGUUGAACUUCUUAUCAAUAGUCCCGAAUAUGCAUCACACCUGUUACACGAGAUAACUAUGGGAAAAUUAGGAAUUCCUUCAGAGAGUGGUGAAACCUCUGAUAAUUCGCCUUUUAUCAAAAACAUGAUCUCAGUGGUUCAUGAAUUCAGGAGUGGAUUUCGUGCAGCACUUAUGGAUUUGCAGGGAUUUCAUAUAUUUCUUCUCACACUUCAUCAAAAGUUGGAUAGUCUGUUACGGAGUUUUAUGAAUAUAAUAGACAAAUCUUCUAGUGGGGAUUUUGAUAAAGAAGAUGUGAUGAUGCUUGAAUCACAUUCUGCUCCCUGUGUUUCCCCACAAGGUAAAGAGUCAGAUUCAAAUGAUACGGAAUUGCAGAAGACGUGUCCGAAGGCACCCUCUUCCGGAUGCAAAGAGAACUUGGAUUCGAUUUCUCCAAUAUCACGUGAUUCUUCUUCACAUGGAAAGAAUGUUAAGGGACAUAGUGCAGAACCCCUCCGUACCAUGCGUAUAACCUCAAAGCUCCGUGACUUCCACAAAUAUGCUAAGGUAGAUGCUGAGCUGAAUAAAGAACUAGAGCAAUGGAAUGAGUUGCUAAAAAAUGAAGCUGUAAAAUUGUGCCAAGAGAAUAACUUCAAUUCUGGGUUUUUUGAUGGAAGUGAGAGUAAUUUUGUUGUUGAUGCCUAUGAACUAAAGCUUAGGCUUGAGCAUAUUCUUCAGAGAAUAUCAUUGAUAUCCGAUGCUGGAAAUACAGAAAAGCCUUCUUUAAUUACAUGUGGCCUAUACAUUGGAGGGGCACUAGCUGCAAGAUCUAUCUACACACUGCAACAUAUAGGGAUUACACAUAUUUUGUGCUUGUGUUCUAAUGAAAUCGGACAGUCUGAUUCUCAGCGCCCAGAUUUAUUCGAGUAUCAAAACUUCUCAAUUGGUGAUGAAGAAGACUCAGAUAUCAGUGAGAUUUUUGAAGCAGCACAUCAGUUUAUUGAUUCUGUUGAACAGAAAGGUGGAAAGGUUCUGGUUCACUGCUUUGAAGGGAGAAGCAGGAGCGCAACAGUUGUUCUUGGUUACUUAAUGAUGAGGAAGAACUACACAUUACUGAAAGCAUGGAAUAUCCUACGAAGAGUUCAUAGGCGAGCCCAACCCAAUGACGGGUUUGCAAAGGUACUCCUGGAAUUGGACAGGAAGUUGCAUGGAAAGGUCUCAAUGGAAUGGCAGCAGAAGAAGCCAUCAAUAAAGGUUUGCCCAAUUUGCGGGAAGAAUGCAGGGUUAAGCAGCAGUUCACUGAAGCUUCACUUACAGAAAGCACAUAGGAAAUUGUCAUCAGGGAGUGUAGACAGUGCCAUGACUAUGGAGAUACAAAAGGUGUUAGAGGCGCUCAACAUUACACAGAGACAGUCCCAUGGGAGUGAUUGAUGGAGUAUCCCAGUCUUGUAUAGAGCCAUGUUUAUGGUUCUAUUGUAAGUUUGUAACAAUGUAAACUGCAACGAUAUUCUUUAUAAAAACAAAGUUUACAUAUUUACAUCUCAUAUAUGAUGGGAUA